AUGAGUGUGAAAAAGCACAAUGUCGAACUAUCAAGCGAUAUUGAUUUUAUCGAGACUCCUGCAGCUAAGCCCUCGGAAUUUGAAACUGGAGAGGACUGCGGCAUUGCUCUGACCAAGUCACCUGCCAUUCACAAUGGUCCAUUGCCGGCCGAUGGGGCUGGAAAUGAGAGCUUCUCCAAUCUCACAUUGGCUGGCGCCCUCACUGGAGUUCCCGGCCUCCUGACCUUCUUCCUGGGUGGUGGGCUGAAGACCUUUGCUCUGCUCACCCUCAUCUCGACUCUUCCUGUUCUGGUGGCCUUCUGGACCUGGACUUCCACCUACAGCCCACGCACCAAUGACAAAGUCAAAUUACCCGGCCGACCCAUCGAGCAUUACGUGACCUUCAAGCGCGAAGAGGACCGGUCGAAAUGGCAUGGGAAAAAGAAAAUUCCCAUGCAGACCUUCGCAGAAAUGUACCUGGACGGCUUGGUGGAUUUCAACGGCGACACACUCGACGUGAUGGAAUACCGGCACGAUUGGGCGAAUUUCGCAUUCACCUGGGAGCUAUUCAAGUUCAUUGUCUUCACGUUCUUCAUCGACGUCAUCUUCCACACGAAGGCUCAAGAUGAUGAGCAGAUCCGGCCCAACUACGAUCGCGGCAACGACCAUUACGCCUGGUUCCUCGGCCCUCGCAUGAUCUACACUUCGGGGAUUAUCUCAGACACGGAGAAGGAGGAAACACUGGAGGAAAUGCAGGAUAACAAGAUGGCUGUCGUUUGCGAGAAGAUAGGUCUCAAGGAAGGAGAAACAAUGCUGGACAUUGGCUGCGGUUGGGGAACCCUGGCCAAGUUCGCUAGUCUGAACUAUGGCGCCAAAGUGACCGGGCUCACCAUCGCGGAGAACCAAACUGCUUGGGGAAACGACGCUCUGCAAAAGGCGGGCAUCUCCGAUCAACAAAGCCGGAUCCUGUGUAUGGACUACCGUGAUAUCCCUCGCCAAAAAUAUGACAAGAUCACACAGCUGGAAAUGGGCGAGCAUGUCGGCAUCCGAAAACUCACUAAAUUCUUCCGUCAGUGCUAUGACAUGCUUAACGAUGAUGGAGCCAUGUAUGUUCAACUCUCUGGACUGAGACAGGCAUGGCAGUAUGAGGAUUUCAUCUGGGGGUUGUACUUGAACAAAUACAUUUUCCGUGGCGCGGACGCUUCGACCCCUCUGUGGUAUUAUGUCAAAUGUUUGGAACAAGCUGGAUUCGAGGUCAAGGGAAUUGAUACUGUCGGUGUCCACUACUCCGGUACACUCUGGAGAUGGUAUCGUAACUGGGUUGGAAAUGUCGAAUCGAUCAAGGCCAAAUAUGGACCGAGAUGGUAUAGGAUUUGGGAGCUGUUUCUCGCCUGGUCUGUCAUCGCUUCUCGCGAAGGCUUCGCCACCUGCUACCAGAUGGUGGUCGUCAAGAAUCUGAACUCGACUCAUCGCAUCAAUGGACUUUCUAGUCAGUUUGGCCUUGGUGGUGCCCUCGCAUCGAGCAGGAAGGCGGGCAAGUCUCCCAUCAUGAUCUUCGAUCCUAGCGCAAUCGACCUCCCACCUUCUUACGAGAAGGUUCAAACAACCGGACAUGUCGUCGUCUCGCACUAUCCCCAUGGUGCACCGACAGCUACACCGGUAGUUGUUGUCACACUCAACCGGCCUGCCAAUCAGAAUGCCUUCACUGGGCAAAUGGUACAAGACUUCGAGAAGCUAUUCCCAAUGUUCGACGUCGAUGAGCGGGUGAAGGUCAUUGUUUUGACAGGUGCUGGGAAGACAUUCUGUGCUGGAGCCGAUCUCGAUAUUGGCUUCGGCGGUGGUACAAAGAGAGAGGAGAGAUGGGCGGAUCAUCGUGAUGGUGGCGGACGAGUGGCGCUCGCUAUUCACAGAUGCCGCAAGCCUACUAUUGCAGCUAUGCAAGGCUCAGCCGUGGGUGUCGGCAUGACUAUGACUCUGCCAGCAAUCAUUCGAAUCGCCUACGAGAAGGGCAAAUAUGGCUUUGUCUUCGCCCGCCGAGGUAUCACGAUGGAGUCAUGCUCUUCAUAUUUCCUCCCUCGGCUGGUGGGCCACUCCAAUGCCAGCUAUCUAGUCAGCACGGGCGGCGUGUUUCCACCGACAUCCAAGCACUUCGGCGAUCUAUUCAACGAGAUUCUACCCGAUCCGUCGCAAGUUCUACCUCGUGCUAUCGAGCUGGCGACAGAGAUUGCGGAGAAUGUGAGCCCUAGUGCGUCAUAUCUGAAUCGGGCAUUGAUGUGGCGCGACACUGGGUCUGCGGAGGCUGCUCAUAUUGUUGAGUCUCAUGUUAUUUAUCAUAUGUUUGCUGCUCCGGAUCAGAAAGAGGGUGUUACUGCUUUCUUUGAGAAGAGGAAGCCGAAUUUCAAGGCCAAUCUUGAUGAUAACCCGCCGCCUAAUCUAUAG